AUGGGUACUGAGUGUGGGAGCUGUUUAAAGGGGAAGUGUCCAAAACAGAAUCCAAAUACAGAGCAGAGGCAGUUGUCUGAGGUGAAGCUAACUCCAUGGAUCAACUCUUGGUCUACAAUUUCCACUUUUUAUGAAGAGUCAGUGGAAUGGGAGGAGGAGAUUCUAGCCCAGAAUAUCCUCCUGGAAUUGGGUCUAGAACAAUGGCACCCAGAGCAGCAGUCAAGCUGGGGUCUUGUGCUCAGGAACGUGCAUACUACUAUGUUACCUAAGGCAUGGGAUACAGUUACACUUGCUGUUGUGAUGACAGUGUUGGGCCUGGGUGGCCUGGUGCUCUGCAGUGCCGGACUUCUCUACCUGGCCUGCUGUGCGGCUCUUGGCCAGCCUGCCAGAGGCCGCAGCCCUCCUCCCGCUGGGCCAGCACGGGCCACCACCUUCCUGGCGGUACCGUUGGCCCGUGCGCCGUGGGCAGCCGCACGGCACUGUGUGGUGCACCACACAAAGGAGGCGGCCGCACGGCCCAGCAGCCAGGGUGACAUGCGGGCACAUUCUGCCGUGGGCACAGGCAGCCUGGGCGCCGAGGAGCGGCUAGCCCUGGCACGCGAGCAGGCACAGCACGGUGACCUGCUGCUCCCCCGGCUGCACCACGUGUGCGAGAACCUCAUGGCCAAGGUACCGGCCACGCUGGUCUGGCUGGGGCAUGUGGCCUUUGCAUUCAUGCUAAAGGCGGAUGCUGACGCGUUUGCGGGGCAGGGCGAGCUGCUGGCAGAGCUGUGCACACGUGACCCCAGGGACGGUCACCAUCUCAACUGGGGCUUCCUUUUAGGCCACGGCAGUGCCAAGCCUCAGGGCCACUGGCACAAAGCCAUCUGACAGCUCUGUGACUACUACCUGCCGUACACGCCGAGCAGUGGCUCUGCGCUCUCAGCGGACCUGGUGCACUACCUGUGCCGCAUUGAGCACUUGCACACGUGGCACAGCGAGGAGGUGUCCCUGGGCACCUGGCCGGCAUCAAUGGGUGUCCGGCACGAGUACGACCCCUGCUUCCACACCGAGUCCAAGUCCAGCGGCUGUAGCGACCUGUACCCAGUGACACGCAAGCUGAACCUGGAGGACAUGCUGAAAAAGCGCAAGGCCCUGGUGGGAGAGGACCACCUGUGCAAGCAGGACAUGCAGCUGCGCCUUUCCUAUGUCUUCGACUGGCGGGCGCCUCCCCCACAAUGCUGUCAGAGGAAGGAGGGCCUCCCCUGA